GGCGAGGACCUCAGCAAGUUCUGCAUGGAUGGAAACCUCACAUCCAACGGGAACUGGUUGAAAUAUAUCCGGGUCGCUCGCUCGAGCGAAGAACAAAACUUAGUGGUGUGUCCCAUUAAUGACCAGAUUUAUUAUAAAGUUAUCAGAGAAAUAGAGCCAGGAGAAGAACUGCUGAUGUAUAUGAAAGAAGGAACUUUGUCUGCUGGAAACCUGCCGCCUAGUUUGGAAGACGUUCACACAUUCCGUUGCGAGGACUGCGACGAGCUCUUCCAGUCCAAAAUGGAGAUGAGGCGGCAUAAGAAGUACUCCUGUCAUGCCGUCGGCUCUCUGUACGAGUCCCUGACCGAGGAGAUCAAGCAGGAAGGGAUGGAGGAUGACCAAGGCCACGAAUGCAAAGACUGUGAAAGGAUGUUUCCAAACAAGUACAGCUUGGAACAGCACAUGAUCAUCCACACAGAAGAAAGGGAAUACAAGUGCGACCAGUGUCCCAAGGCCUUCAACUGGAAAUCCAACUUGAUCCGUCAUCAGAUGUCACACGACAGUGGCAAGAGAUUUGAGUGCGAAAAUUGUGUGAAGGUUUUCACGGACCCCAGCAACCUCCAAAGGCACAUUCGCUCCCAGCACGUCGGUGCCCGGGCGCACGCUUGUCCGGACUGCGGAAAGACCUUCGCCACUUCUUCUGGCCUCAAACAGCACAAGCACAUCCACAGCACUGUGAAACCUUUCAUAUGCGAGGUCUGCCACAAAUCCUACACACAGUUCUCCAACCUCUGCCGACACAAGCGCAUGCACGCCGACUGCCGGACUCAGAUCAAGUGCAAGGACUGCGGGCAGAUGUUCAGCACCACCUCUUCGCUCAACAAACACCGGCGGUUCUGCGAAGGCAAGAACCACUACAACCCCAGCGGGCUUUUCGCGCCCGGUUUGCCUCUGACGCCCAGCUCCUUGAUGGACAAGUCGAAGGUGUCGGCCAACCUCAAUCAUACCGGACUCGGCUUCGGCGACUACUUCCCCUCCCGGCCGCACCCGGGAGCAAUUCCGUUCUCGCCCGCUCCCCCUGCGUUCCCAGCUCUCGCCCCCAGCUUCCCGGGGAUCUUCCCUCCCUCGCUGUACCCCAGGCCUCCUCUCUUGCCCCCCACCCCCUUGCUCAAGAGCCCCCUCAACCACACCCAAGAGGCCAAGCUCCCCAGCCCCCUGGGCCACUCUCCGCUCCCGCUGAUGUCCGCCGUGGGCAACAGCAGCCACCCGCUCCCCGUGGAGGAGAGGUUCAACAGCACCCCUUUGGGGAACUCCUACUUGGAGAAGCUCAAAGCCAGGACUAGUGAUCUGUCGGACGCCAGUGACUUUGAGGACAUCAACACCACGACGGGCACCGAUCUGGAGACCACCACCGGUACCGGGUCAGACUUAGAGAGCGACGCAGAGAGCGAGCGAGAGAAAACGAAGGAGAAAAGCAAAGCCCGGGAGAGCAAGCCAGAUUUCGGCGGCGGUUCGGUCCCCGCUGGCUCCGCCAACAGCACGAGUGACCUCCCCAUCUUCUACUCCCAGCACAGCUUCUUCCCUCCGCCCGAGGAUCAGCUGCUGCCGAUGAUGGGGGCCACGAACGAUUCCAUCAAGGCCAUCGCUUCCAUUGCCGAGAAGUACUUCGGUCCCGGGUUUAUGGGCAUGCAGGAGAAAAAAAUGGGGGCCCUUCCCUACCAUUCCAUGUUCCCCUUCCAGUUCCUCCCCAACUUCUCCCACUCGGUUUACCCGUUUGCCGAGCGGAGCCUCAACCACAGUUUGCUGGUCAAAGCCGAACCAAAGUCGCCCCGGGACCUGCACAAAAUCGGCGGCCCCUGUUCGGAGUCACCCUUCGACCUCACCACCAAGCCGAAAGAAAGCAAAGCGGCGGCUCAGGUCCUGCCCGCUCGUCACGCCAGCGAGGAGCAGCCGCUGGACCUCACGAUUAGCAGCCGCAUCCGGGCCAGUCAUCACGGGAGCCGAGAUCCCCGGAAGAACCACGUCUACGGCGAGAGGAAGCUGGUGGUGGCCGGCGACGGGGUGCCCAAGAUGAACCAAGCUCAGAUGCUCCCUCAGCCUUCCCUGCAUUACGCCAAGCCCUCGCCUUUCUUCAUGGACCCCAUCUACAGCAGGGUGGAGAAACGGAAGGUGGCUGACUCAGUUGGGGCACUAAAGGAGAAAUAUCUCAGGCCUUCACCACUACUUUUCCAUCCUCAGAUGUCAGCCAUAGAAACCAUGACGGAGAAAUUGGAGACAUUCGCAGCCAUGAAGACAGACGCCGGGGGGACUUCCUUGCCCCCCCUCCCUCACCACCCGUUCAACUUCCGGUCGCCCCCUCCCACCUUAUCGGAUCCCAUUUUGCGCAAGGGCAAAGAACGUUAUACCUGCAGAUACUGUGGUAAAAUCUUUCCGCGUUCAGCCAAUCUAACCAGACACCUCCGAACACACACAGGGGAACAGCCUUACCGGUGUAAAUAUUGCGACCGCUCGUUCAGCAUCUCAUCCAACCUCCAGCGCCACGUCCGGAACAUCCACAACAAGGAGAAACCCUUCAAAUGUCACCUCUGCAAUCGAUGCUUCGGCCAGCAGACCAACCUGGACCGACACUUGAAAAAACACGAGCACGAAAACGUCCCAGUAAGCCAGCAUGCCGGAGUCAUUACAAACCACUUGGGGAACAACGCAUCUUCGCCCACUUCCGAAUCAGAACACCAAGCACUUUUAGACGAGAAAGAGGACGCCUACUUCUCUGAAAUCAGAAACUUUAUUGCCAAUAGCGAGAUGAGCCAAUCGACGGCUUUAGCAGAGAAAAGGCCCGAAAUCCAGAACGCCGACGGCGCCACCCACGGUCUUCCAAACGACAAAGUAGAAGACAUCGAUGAGGAAGAGGAUGAACUGGAAGAGGAAGACGAUGACAGCCUGACGGGGAAGUCUCAAGAUGAGACGGUGUCGCCCACUGCCGAGCCACAAGGAGGGUAUGAGGAGGAGGAGGAAGAUGAGGCCGCGUCCCUCACCAUGAGCUUUAACCGGGCCCAGAGGUGUACUGAGGAGAACGAAGCCGGCUUGUUAGAUUUGGAACAGAUGUCGGAAUUUGGGAAGGGGCUGGACCUCCACCAGGCCUCCGAGGAAGCUUUUGACGUUAAAGCUGUCUAUAAUUCCACCUUAGAUUCGGAGGCACUAAAACAAACUCUGUUCAGGCAGGCCAAAAACCAGGCUUACGCAAUGAUGUUGACUCUUACCAAGAACAACCCCUUCCAUCCUUCCUCCCAGAACCCCCUGGACGCCUGGUUGAACAUGGCUGGAGCCGCUUCCGAGCCAGGAACCUUCAAUGCCGUCGGCCACCUCUGA